UCAACAGCUGAGUUCUAGUGCACCACAUCCCCUCACACAUGGAAAAAAUGCAUCCUGGCAAUGAAAAGAGUAGUUCAACCAGCCCAUCUGUACCAAUAUCAUCCCAAAGCUACACUGAGAACCUCGUAGAAAUACUACCAACGAGAGAAGGAUGGUCCAGCCCGCUCAUCCUCUACAAGAACUUCUGGAUUAGAUCAAGCAUGCAGAAUAGCUUCAUGCGUGUCCAGGACAACUUCAAGCCUCGCAGCAACGACGUUAUCCUGGCUACGCACCCAAAAUGUGGCACCACCUGGCUGAAGGCCCUUGCCUUCGCCAUCACCAACCGCUCACGCUACACUUUUGCUGACCAUCCGUUGCUCAAGCAGAACCCGCAAGAGCUUGUGCCAUUUAUAGGACUCCAGGGAGGAGAUCUUGAAUACGCUGAAACACUUCCCUCUCCCAGGCUUCUUGCAACCCACCUGCCACUCUCACUGCUCCCACCCACUGUUUCCACCGACGGCUGCCGGAUCGUGUACCUUUGCCGGGAGCCCAAGGAUGCCUUUAUCUCAAGGUGGUACUUUGACAAUAGGAUGAUCAAAGGGGAUCCUAUAAAUCUUGAUAAAGCAUUCACCAUGUUUUGUGAGGGAUUCUCACCUUUCGGUCCUUUUUGGGAUCACUAUCUCCAGUAUUGGAACGAAAGCUUGAAGAGACCUCAUGAGGUUCUUUUUCUGAAGUACGAAGAGAUUGUGCUUGAUCCACUGAAGGUUGUCAGAAAGCUCGCAUGCUUCCUGGGUGUCCCCUUCACUGAGGAGGAGGAAAGCCGUGGAGUUGACGAGGAGGUGGUGAGGUUCUGCAGCUUUGAGGCACUCAGUAGCCAUGGUGUCAAUCAGACAGGUGGUGUUGAGGGUGCAGGGGGUAAGGUCUUUGUAGAGUUUUCUUCACUAUUUAGGAAAGGGAAGGUUGGAGAUUGGGUAAACCACAUGAGCACGGAGAUGGGAGAAAAAUUAGACCUCCUUGUAGAGGAGAAGUUCAAAGGAUCAGGUCUUAAGUUCUGAUAUGUGUUUGUUAGAUUCGUCGUCAUUUAUUUAAGAGUGAAUUACACAAAACUAUAAGUAUUGUACUAUUUGUAACAUAGAACUACAAGUAUUGUACCUCAUAACAAAAAACUAUAAGUAUUGUGCACUAAUUUCACAUAAAACCUAAUUUUAAUUAGAUUUCACUAAAAAAUAGUCUUAUGUUUCUCUAAAAAUCAUAGAAUUUUUUAUGUGUUUUAUAAUCCAUGUGUAACCUAUUUUAAUUAGAUUCACUAAAAAAACCUAUGUAG